AUGCUAUUACGGUGGUCGACGGUGCUACUCCUCUCGCUCUUCCUCCACACCGCCAUCUCAUCAACGAGUAAAAAAUCGAAACGUCAAAACAACGAGCGCAGCGACAAGGUCCUACUACGCACCAAACGACAACACUGCACUUGCCUCAAUGUUCGCAUCGGCACCAGCGAUCAACCACCGGUGGGGCCGGGCUUUGACGCACUUGCUAGCACCUACAAAUGCACCUGCAACUCGGCCGGCAACCCCAUGCAGCAGCAGCGAGAGUUGCAGCAGAUCUUGCAGCAGGUGGAGCCGAUGAGCCGGUGUUUGUGCGGACCGGGGAGUCAGUUUGCGAGGGAGCCGGCAAUGGGACCAUUGUACGAGCAACUGCCCGAACAGCAACAAUGGGAAUGCCAUUGUCAACAUGGCAAUGAGGUAAUUACAGACCCCGAGAAGCUGGGCCAGGCCGACCAACCCCUUAUUUUUAGGGGUUGGUUUCUGCAAGGCACGGCCAAUUUUGUGGCUCCGCGCAGCACCUGUAGGCAAAAUACUAAGAAAAGCAAAUUCGCUCAAGCAAUGAAAAUUCCUUGAUAUUGCAGCUAGACAUUUUAUCUUGCCAAGAAGGUCGGCCAGUUCCUAGUGAAAAACUCGACCAAACCGUUAAAAUUUGUAAUUUUUCAUGCGCCGAAAGCUCUACUACGCGUCUCCAAAAACGCAUGAACCGUUCGUUGCAAUUCUUAUUGUCGAUUGAGCUACUCAGCUAUUCAGUAUCCUCAAUUUUCCCUUUAUUUUGCAUCUUUUUACUAUUUGUUGGCAAAAAAGGGAUCCUAACGCCAAAAACCUAACCCAAUUUUUUCAGCCCAUCGGUCCAGCCCCUCAAUUCUUCCCAUGGAAUCGACCAACCGCUUCUCAGCCGUCCCCACUCAUUCCAACCAGAGCGCCGCAACUUGCUCCCACUUAUCCUACAUUCCCGCUACUUCCUCGCCAAGUGAGUUUAACUAAUGUAACAGACAUUAGAGCUAAAAUUACAACAAAUCUUUUUACUUCAGGACCAGCCAAUUGCCCCUCAUAUUGCCCCUUCUGUGUCGCCCGCGCCGUUGCCAGUAAAUACCCAUGCGCCGGUGGCGCCAUUGCCCGUGAAUCGUGACUCCCGACCAUACGACGCUCCUCCGCCGUAUCCCGAACAACCCAACGGAAUCAACACUCCAAUCGCGCCAAUCCGAAGACCAGAGCCCGCCCGGCCUCUGCCCAUCGCUUCAUGCCCUUGUAUGGAGGUCACCGUGAAUGUAAUUCGCACUGAUUCACGGGGAAAUCGAGUCCCAAUCCGAACUCCAAUGUGUUUGUGUGAGCCUGUGGCGCCAGCCGCAUCAAUAGCUCCGGUUGCGCCACUUAAAGAGGCGCCAGUUCUGCAACCGAUUGCGCCGGUAGCUCCGGCCUUGCCCAGUCCAGUUACGUCAUAUUCGGCGACAACAAAUAUGCUGCCGAUUGUAGGGGCGCAUCCUGGACAGAGUAAGAGAGUUAUUGCUAAAAAGUUUAAGGGUUUCUAGUACGACGCUCAGAUUUUCUUUAAACUUUGCACACAUUUUAGCCAUAGGCCAUACAAAGGUUCAUGAAAAUUUUUGCUCGCGCUUUACAGGUAUAGCCCAGAUAUUCGGCGAUCUUUCCAACCCGGGAGAGUACGCUUAUUGAUAAAAUUUCACAAGGUUUUUUUUUUUAAUUUUCACUAAUUAAAAAUUCAAAGAAACUUUGAGUAUCAAUCUACUAGAAUUUAUUUAUUGAACAGACAUCUACGUCGUAUUUUAAAAAUCAUAUUGACCUUUUUUUGACUCUUCUCAAACCAACAAAUCUUUCCAUAUCUUAUAUAUAUAUAUGCAUUAUUCCUUGGUGAAUUCGUGAACUAAUAACUUCAAAACUACCUUGUAUUCUCCCGUUGACCCCCACUUUUCCAGCCCUAUUUUACCCCGACGGUCAUCUUGUCCCUCCAAACGCCCCUGUUCCCCUUGCGACGGCUUCUGCGCCUCUCCCCGUUCUUCCCGCAGCUCCCUUGUUAGUUAACGAUGAACCGGUAGCACGUAAGUUUGGAGCAUACUAGUCAAUCCGCAAAGUCGCUGCAGUUUUUUCGGCAACGUUCACUGUGGAAAAAAAUUCAGACGAGAGACGAAAAAGCUUAUCGUCCGAUGCAAAGGGCCACAAAUUGCACAUCGCAAGGCUCCAAAAUCACUCCAGCGUCUUUAUGAACGGACUGGUAUAGAGAAAUACUAGGCGGGCCAAAAAGUCUUGACAUGUUUGCACAGUGCGCCGUCGUGCAUGCAAUUUGUCGCGCGGCGACAAGAAAAAUUUACGGUGCAAUGCGACACCGCACAGUGCAAAAAAGAUUGUUUUGAAAAGGGUAAACAACGCACAGUGCGUUCUUCAUUCGCACCCCGCCAAAGGUUUUAUCGCGCGACACCUCGUCGCGACACCGAAUUCAUGCGCCCGCACGGUACGAAAACAUGUCAAGACUUUUUGGCCCGCCUAGUAUUAAUAUUUUUGACGAUUUUUUGAAAUAUGCUAAUUUUCGCACCAAAAUUUCAUUUUCUUUCAGCUCCCGAGCCCCCAAUUGUCCCUUGUCUGAUGAUUUCCAUCAACGGAAUCCAAGGCAAAUACUGUACCUGCACCGAGAAUUACCGACAAUGCUCGCCGACGCAGUGCUGCAACCAUAAAACCUUUAGGUCGAUGAAAGUAAGCAACUAAAUAUAUAAGCAAAUAAUACUAUGUGCCAAAAUUUGCAUCGCUUUUCAGGGCAAUACCACAACUUCCGAAGCGCCCUCAGCCUCAACGCCGGCCCCAACGAACUCCACAAAUGCCCCAUCGGCGGUCGAUUUGCUGAUGGAAUUCGUCGACAAAUUCCGCCAACAUUUGAACACCGACUCGAGCAAACAGAACUGA